AUGCAGAUGAUCUUCUAUUUGUUUGUGCUGCAAUUGCUUUCGGGCAAUUGCAAAACUGCAUUCCCCAGCGAUGGUGUGUUGUUGAAACAGACGGUGGCAGAUUGGGUGACUGGGACACCUGUAGAAAGAGCCGCCAUCGAAGAUGAGUAUGGACCGAUCGGUGAAUGGGACGUCUCCCAAGUCACUACCCUGAAUUCAUUAUUCAAAGAUCUUUCGACUUUCAACGAGGACAUCAGCUCGUGGAACACGUCGCAGGUGACCGACAUGACAGACACGUUCCGUGGCGCAGCAGCAUUCAACCAGGCGCUGAACUCGUGGGACACCUCGCAGGUGUACAACAUGCAAAGCACGUUUCGGGACGCUGUGGCGUUCAACCAGCCCCUGAACUCGUGGGACACUUCGCGGGUGGAAAACUUUGUAAACAUGUUCCGGGGCGCCACAGCCUUCAACCAACCCCUCAACUCGUGGGACACCUCGCGGGCGACCGACAUGACACUCAUGUUCCGACUGGCCUCAACCUUCAACCAACCCCUCGAUUCGUGGGACACGUCGCUGGCGGAGAGCAUGGCUCGCAUGUUCAAAGAGGCCACCGCUUUCAGCCAAUGCCUGGCCAACUGGGACACAUCUUCCAUAACAGGCUCUGGCAUCCUUGACAUGUUUGAAAGCAGCGGAUGCCCCGCUGAUGCCACUGUCUUGGAGAAUGGCUUGCUGGACUGUGGGUGCUCCAAGCUUGAGUGUGAAAAGUUGGUGGACUAUGCCUUGCUCAAGAAGCAGGGAAGGAAGGCCUUGAAGAAGUGCACCAUUCUGUCAUCUUUGAUUCAAGACACCGAAUUUACGGACAGUCUGUCCUGGAGACAGGUGCCUGCAACAGCACCUUUGCUCGCAAUCUUUGUUUUGAUGGCUUUUGCGGCUGCAACCUCAGCUGCAAUUGCCUGGCGAAGCAACUUCAGGCAGCGGCCAUUUUCAUUCCCGUCGUAUGAAUUCGAAGAGCUGUAA